UCAGAGAGCCGAAAUCGCCACCGAACUAGUCACGGUGCUUCUAGCGCGAGUUCCUCUUCGUCAGUUUCUGCUUCAACCCAUCAAGGCACUGCUAGUUCUCGUUCUCUUCCAUUUAUUCACAACGAGUCAUGCCAAAGCAUGGUCGCACUGACGCUAGAGAAGGUAAUGAGAGGGACAAGAGGAAUAAAGUUCAAGGGCGCCCCCAGACAAGCCCUAUUCGACAGGCCACCCAGUCAGUUCCUUUGGUUGGUGGCGACCGCAUUACUCCGCCUGUAUUCCUUAUCGAGGGCAGAGCCAUGGAGCGAGACUCCAUUCGGGAUGGAGAGGACUAUGUCUCGGUGUAUGGGUUUUGGGUUCCUCCCCGAUAUGAAGCCUUGUACGCUCAGAUUUCCACUCAACAUGGUCACAUUGGCUCGGACGCAGUUUUUCCUGAUGCCAAUAUCAUUUUGUUCUUAUACUCUGAGCAUCUUGGAUGCGGUAGGCGAGUUGGUUGAUGCUAGUGAUCAACCCUCUGCCGGCCAGCUGUGGAGUUGGCGUCGAGUGAUUAACAACGCCACAAGUAUGAAGUUUAACGUUGGGUGGUUGGAUGUUCUUUGGCAAGAGGCGGAGAUUAAAGCAAAUUCACGCCGGACUCAGCUACCAAGCAUUAUCGCUAGUCUCAAGGAAAGGAUUGUUGCUGUGAGAGCUACUAUUGACGAGUUGAAGGUGACUUGGGACCGCUUGAUUCAGGAAUCUAUUACAGUGGCUGGGGGGCUUUCCCAGGCCAAAAAGACAUUAGAGACGGAACGACAAUUGUAGGCUGAGGCUGAGGCGGAAUUAUCAGGGCAAGCUGAUCCUUGAGUGUCUUCUUGGGACUUUUUCUUUGGGUGUUGUUUCUUCUCCUUGUACUGUUGUAACCUUUGGGAUUUGUGUUAUGAUUUUCUCCUCGUUUUCUGGA